AUGUUGUUUUAUUUCAUAGCCAAUCUCUUUCUUGAUCAUUUUGAGUCUUCUGCUUCAUGUCCCCUCCUUUCCUGUAACUUCCUCUUCUUUCUUUCUUUUUUCUUUAUUUCUCUCUUUCUUUCUUUCUUUUCUUUUCUUUUCUUUUCUUUCUUUCUUUCUUUCUUUCUUAUUUCCCGACUCAUUGUUGCUUCUUCUUUGUUGCUCGCAUUGUUGGUCUCAUUUAUUUAUUUUCUUUCUUUCUUUCUUUCUUUCUUUCUUUCUUUCUUUCUUUCUUUCUUUCUUUCUUUCUUCUUUUUUUCUUUCUUUCUUUCUUUCUUUCUUUCUUUCUUCUUUUUUUCUUUCUUUCUUUCUUCUUUUUUUUUUCUUUCUUUCUUUCUUUCUUUCUUUCUUUCUUUCUUUCUUUCUUUCUUUCCGUUCUACCAAUAUUAUCUUUUCGUAUCUUCGUUAGUGAUCCUCCCUUCUUCUGUGUUCGCCUCCUCUGUCAUGGGUCAGCUCUCUCUAACACCGUCAGCUGCAGGACCCAUUUAUCUCUGUCACCCUUUGCUGCCAGACCAUUCUCUGUCUCUCCCACCCAAAUUGUGCGCAGUCCUCACCACCCAAAUUCACCUCACUUCUCUGUCAGAAUUUUUCCUCACACCUAUUACCUCCUUUUACAUUUCUUGUCUUCCCUGA